AAGCAGCGACGUCAUGUAUGAAAAGAUUACGAAAAUAUAUGCAUAAUUUUAUCUCCGAUUAUAAACAGUUAUAGCUAUCUUCUCAUAGUGCGUUCUAUCUUUAUUCUCUCAAAUUAUCAGCAGUUUGUAAAUAGUAAAUGGAAAUGCAAACGAUACGCUCGCGCAAAAAUUAAAUCAUUUAUCAUUAAUCAUGCGAAAUGUGAUACACGCUUAUCUUUCAACUGUUUCCUGUUGCAUGAAAUGGAUAUGGACACAUUCGACCAAACGCAUUACUGUAUAGAAAAAAUUAGAGAAAAGAAUGUACAUAAAUUCGAAGAAAAAUCGACAAAUGGCUCGUUAAAUGCGGUACCUUCGACGUUAAAAUUUAUCUUUGAUUCUGGAAAUUUUAAAAUUCAAGAAAAAAAAGUAGAAAUUAUGAACUACUUUCUCAAACCAUGCCCUAUUCGAUUUUUACCAUUGGAAACUGAUUAUUUUAGGUUUAAAAAUGUCUAUCAGAGAACAUGGCUCAAUCCUGGAUCUGUUUUCAAAUUGAAAAUUUUAUUUAUACCUGAUGAGGAUAGAGAUUACAAUGAUAUUUUGAAAAUAUGUUAUUUCAAUGAUCAAACGAUCCAAAUAAAAAUUUAUGCGGAAAUGACGAUCAAGUUUUCUUUCCCCACUGUUGUAAAUUUUGGAAAUGUACCGCUUGGUCGGACAGUUUCUUACAAAAUACCAAUACACUCUCACGCAGAAAAAGAUUUCUCUUUCGCUAUUAUACUAUUUAACGGAGGAUCGUGUGUCGACGUUUAUCCUCGACGGGGUCGCGUAAAAUUGAAACAGAAACCUGUCACAAUUGUGGUUAUCUAUAGGCCCCUUCGCUACAUAAGUAUGAAUUUUCAAAUACGAAUAUUCAUAUCUGACUUAUGCAAAGCUCCGCAUGUUAUAAAUUUCUAUGCGUACACUCGACCAGGUCUCUUACGG